AUGGUUGCUAUCACUCAACUUCUGUUCACCGGCUUGUCCGCUCUUUUGAUGGUUCGGAACGUGGGUGCUUCCUACCUCGAUGAUUACGACGGCUUGGCUCUGCGAGACAUCUCCGACAGCUACCCAGACGAAGUCUUCUACGAAAAACGCCACACAGGAAAACUCCCUAAACCCAUUCUCAAGGCUGGGCGAGCUGCCCUCAAGGUCGGCCACAAGCUUCCACGACCCAUCAAGAAGCAAAUCAAGAACGCUGCCGAUGGCGCAAUCAACGGAGCCGUAAAGGCUUCAUUCGCGCUGUCGAAGAAGAAGAAUCAGAUCAAGAAAAAGUUCAAAGGCAAGCGCGAUGCUGAGGAGCUCUCCAGCCUGAUCACCCGCGAGAUCAUGAACAAUCCGGAGAUUGAGCAUAUCUUGACCAGGCGGGCGACAGGAAAACUGCCCAAACCAAUCAUCAAGGCUGGGCGAGCUGCUCUCAAGGUCGGCCACAAGCUUCCCAAGCCCGUAAAGAAGCAUGCCAAGGCCGCUGCCAAUGGUAUAAUCAACAAAGCUGUGAAGGGUUCGAUGGCGUUGUCGAAGAAGAAGACUCAGAUUAAGAAGAAGCUCGGUGGCAAGCGUGAUCUUGGAGAGGAUUAUGACUUUGAGGUCCGUGACUAUGAUGACGAGAUUUCGUGGGAGUAA